AUCAAAUGUCAAAAAGAAUCUGGGAACAUGAUCAUGCUCUGUUAUCAACAACACUUGUACCGAGUGAAUCUGAUAGGUGGAAAAGAAUUCGUUAUAACUUUGAAGAUGUUAAUGACAUAAAAGCUCUUUAUCAUCAAAUAAUCCAACAAGUACAACAUAACAUUGUAACAAAAACGAUAAUUGAAAUUUUAUUAAAUUUAAAGUGUUGUGCUCGUUGCAUCUUGAGAUUUUUGAAUGUUAAAGAUUAUAAGACUUAUUGUGCUUCCGAGAAGAUUCGAGCACAUAAUUAUAUAAUUAAAGACUUUAAUUUGGCAAUUACAUUGCCAUCAGGUCUUUUAGUAAAAGAACACUCUGUUGAAGUUUUUAUCAAGGAAAAACUCAGUUUAGUUACAAAUUUAAAAGAUGCUUUUAAAUGUUUGUUAGGAUGGUCAAUUGAAAAACAAUUAGAAUUAGAAUAUAGUACCGAAAGCCCAUUUAAAAUAACGGUUGAAUAUUUUCACGAAGAAUCACAAAAAAAUCAUACAUUUCUAACAAAAAUACCUUCAGCAGAAUUUAAUAUAAAGAAGAAAAGAGUAAAGGGAAAAUUUUUUACAUCAGGUCGAUAUUUAAAGCUUUCCAGAGAAAUGAGCCAAACUCCGUGGAUUAUUAAUGAUGUUAGACUAGCUGAAACUUCUGUUUCAGAAUGUAUCGGGGAGCUUUUACGAGAAAAGUUUAUGUGUGACAGUUACAUAUUUGUUGCAUCAGGUCGUGAAGAUGCUGAUGUGCGAAUGUUGGGAACUGGUCGACCUUUCUACCUUGAAAUCAUUAACCCGAGAAAGUCUUUACUUUCACCUGAAGAAUUGUUAAGUUCACAAAAUAUUAACAUAAUUAAACAAGGUGAAGAAUCAAAAACAAAAACAUACAGUUCACUUAUCUGGGUUUCUAAACAAAUUACUCCAGAGUUAAUUUCUCAACUCAAUCAUUACAAUGACACUAGUUUCACAAUUGAACAACAAACACCAAUUAGAGUUUUACAGAGACGCGCACAAUUAAUUCGUACCAAAACCAUUUACUCGCUUGCGGCAAAACAAUUGAAUGAUCAUUUUUUAGUAUUAAAUCUAAAAACAGAAGCUGGAACCUACAUCAAAGAAUUCAUUCAUGGUGAUUUAGGUAGAACUAAACCAAGCUUAGGAGAUAUACUUGAUUGUACUGUUGAUAUUUUUGAAUUAGACGUGUUGGAAAAUAAUCCAACAAAAACAAUUACUAGUGUUAAGCGUUCUAUUGAUUGA